AUGGCUCCACAAACAGCAAAAACAUUACGAUCUGCAGCGAAAGGCCUUAUCACAAAAAGGAUUAAUCAGCUGAAGGCGUACGAGCCAGACACAAUGACGAUGAAAAAGUCAGAUGAGCUGGAAGCCCUUAAACAAGAUCUGAAGAAUAAGUUCGAAUAUUUUCAGCAGCUUUCAGCUAAAAUUAAAGAUGAACUGAAUGCAGCGGAUACCCCUCCAGAAGAUUUCGAGACAGAAAGUGACUAUAUCCAAGAUGUCGAAGACGAUGUCAGAGCAGCCAAAGUAAUUCUGAACACGAAACAGAAAGAAUGGGAGAUUAUUAAGGAAGAUGAAGAAAGGCAAAAAGCAGCGGAUAUAGAAAGGCAGAAAGAAGAAGACAGAGACAAGAGGCUUUUACAUUUGCUCCAGCAGCAACAGCAACAGUUCCAAAAGCUAAAUACAGACAACUUGCAACAAGUAAUAGCCGCAAUCCCAGCAGCCGUCGCCCCCACUGUGACUGUGAACGCGCCGGCCGGAGUCGCACAAACAACGCGACUCCCACAACGACAGAUUCGUCACUUCAAAGGCGAUAUCCUAGAGUGGACCUCAUUUUGGGAGUCGUUCAACACAGCCGUGCAUUCAUCUAGCCUCUCAACGGUACAAAAAUUUGAUUAUUUAAAAGAAUACCUUAAGGGGGAAGCCCGUCUGUUUGUCGAGAAUUUAGAACUCACCGAUGCCAACUACCAAAUCGCCAUCGACGAGUUGCAAAAAACUUAUGGAAAAAAGGAGGUGCUGAUCAGCGCUCAUUUUGAAAAAUUGGAUUCUCUUCAGUCAGUAAGAGACGCGAAGGACGUAGCAGCUCUGCGAAACCUGCAGCUUACGAUCCAAUCCCACAUCAGCGCAUUGGAGACUCUCGGAAAAGGGAAAUCUACCUACGGGAGCCUCCUUGGGACCAAACUAAUCAAAUUGGUCCCGUACAAACUUCAAGAGAAAUGGUCAGAAGUGGAAACCAACGACUCUACAGAUAUCGACUGUGUUCUUAAGUUCAUCCGUGAUCAAACAGAGGCGGCGGAGAGAUUCGGCAGAUUGAAGGUAGCAGAAAAACCGAAACAAGCCCAAAGCAAUCCGCAACCAAAACAUGCACCACCUCCGGCUACAGCCUCGCAGUUGGCAACGGGAGCCAGAAUGAAUUCGGCUAACCCGGUAAAACCAAAUCAAAAAGCAGAAAAUAAUUCUCUUCAUUCCAACACAGGUCCCAGAGAAGCAAGUAGACCUUGCAUCUUUUGUAAUCAAGGGCACUGGCCAUCGAAAUGCCCAAAGAAUUUAAAGGAGAGGAAAGCAGUGAUAGCAGAGCUUCAAAGGUGCACGAACUGUUUUGGAACACGUCACGCGAACAAAGACUGUACUUCGCCGAGAAAUUGCAAUCGAUGCGGCGGCCGACAUCACACAGCUCUUUGUGAACGAAAAGACACAAGAUUUUCAGAUGCAUCCGGAGCCGGGGCAACCAGCUCCACGGUGUCAGGAAACGCCGCGACCAUCACUACAGCAUGUGCAAGUAUAUUUGGCGAUAUUGUGUUAAAAACGGCGACAGUAUUCGUGAUCGGCCCGGAUGGCCGAGAAAAGAAGACCAUCCUGUUCGCCGACAAAGGAAGCCAUAGAACAUGGGUUCUUAAAUCAAUCUCCGAAGAUCUUAAUUUAGAGAAAAAACAGGUCGAGAGUCUCUCAGUCAGAGUGUUCCAGCAAGAGAAUGAAAGUCCGCCGGAAUUGAAGAAUUUGGUGGAAUUCAAAGUGCGGGGCACCUGGCAAGGAGCCCCAAUAAUCAAUCUUCUUGCUUUAGAGUCUGAAUUCAUCGCGAACACAGGCCCGUACAUCAAGUCAAGAUUUGCGGAGCAACUCUGGUUGAAAGACGAGAGGUUGGCAGACGAUAGAUUCGACAGACCUCAGACGGAAGAAGAACAUCCAUCCGGAAUUUUGGUGGGCAUGGACCAAAUAAAUUUGAUCAUAGACAGCGGAGCAGCCAUCCAAAGCCCCUGCGGGUUGAGAGCCUACAACACGCCAUUUGGAAAAAUGCUAGGCGGCCCAUCAAAAGAAACAUCAUCCAAAACUGGUCGUAACAUCAUACACAACAACUUGCGCCAGUUCAACGAAAGCUUUUCCAGUCCAGUCGAAAAAAUCAACCUCGGAGACAGGAAAUUCCAGUCUCCAAACCCCAACUGA